CGUGAACACAUCAUUGCUGAACUGUGCGGUUCGUUGAUUUUAAUCUAGUUGAUAUCUCAGAAGAACGUAAACAAAGAUCGAAAGCUUUGUUUCCUUUCAAAUUUUGCCCUUAAGUUUCAAGUCUCCAUAAAUAUGGCACAAAAUAUCGAAUAUUCAUUUGAGGAUAUAAGGAAGCAUAAUGACAGGAAUAGCACCUGGAUAGUUAUUAACGACGAUAUUUACGAUGUGACCGACUUUUUAAACGAGCAUCCAGGUGGAGAAGAAGUUCUGUUGGAACAAGCAGGCAAGGACGCUAGUGAAAACUUCGAAGACGUCGGCCAUUCCAGCGAUGCCCGCGAAUUGAUGGUAAAAUAUAAAAUUGGUACCCUGGUAGCUUCCGAACGCAAACCGGAAAUACGGAAGAAGGCAGAUCCGGCUUCUUGGGGCGAAAAUACUGAUUCCUCACAAAGCUCAUUUAAAUCAUGGAUUUUACCGAUCGCCUUAGGAUUGUUAGCAACUGUGGUAUAUCGCGUCUAUUUUAUGUCAUAGAUACAUUACAAAUUUAAGGUUCUAGGGACUAACUAACAUAAGCAUCAAGUUAAAAUAUUUCUAAAUGGUUCUUUUCAGCUCUAUUAGUAUAAAUGUUAUGUUAGUACUACUGUUAAAUGCGUCUGUACGAGUUAGGAAAAUAAAAUUCCAACUUUAGAAUAA